AUGGGGAAGAAGCGAGUACUCGUAGGCUACGGCAUCGACGUCGACGCCGUAGCGAACUGGAUCAACACCUGUGACGGCUCGCCGCAGAAUCCCACCAACGUCAGCCGCGGUGUCUACGGCGCGACGGUGGGUAUCGAUCGCCUGCUCAAGCUCUACGACAAGUAUAACAUUAAGGCGACCUUCUUCACGCCCGCCCACAGCAUCGAAAGUUUUCCAAAGCAGCUUGCGAAAGUCAGAGAUGCGGGCCAUGAGAUCGGACUGCAUGGCUACACUCAUGAAUACGUGUCGCAGCUCUCAGCCAAGGAGCAACAGGCAGUGCUGACGCGUUCGAUCGAUGUCCUGACCAAAUUCUGCGGCAAACGACCGCUCGGAUAUACCGCGCCAGCUUGGUCAACUUCAAAAGAGCUCAUCCCCCAGCUCGAGGCCGAGGGGAUACUGUACGAUCACAGCUUCAUGCAUCAUGACGUCCAGCCGUACUUCGCUCCGGAUAACAGCCAGACCUGGAUCGAGACAGACAUCUCUAAAUCCGCAGAUGCGUGGAUGAUGCCCAUGACGAAGAUGCGUCCUUCGAAGGUGGUCGAGAUACCAGCAAACUGGCACUUGGAUGACUGGCCUCCGCUGCAACCCAUUCCCGGUCGCGCUGGUGCUCAGGGCUUCGUCGACACUGAUGUGGUGGAGAAGCUCUGGUUGCAGCAGUUCGACUUCGCUUAUCGGGAGUGUGAUACGUUCAUCUUUCCGAUGAGCAUCCAUCCUCAAGUUAGUGGGAAGCCUCAUGUGAUACUAAUGCAUGAGCGCAUCAUCGAGUACAUCAACAAACACGAAGGUGUAGAGUGGAUGACCUUGUCAGAUAUGGCGAAGGAAUUUUUGGAAGGUCGGAUGCCCGGUGUUGGAAUCGAGGGUGGAGCUGACCUAUGAACGCUGUAAGUGCGCAAUGAAUGAGGCUGGUUGCCAUGCAGGAUACGUGCUGCAUAUGUGCAAGCUCUAAUACACCUCAGAAAGCAUAUCUCUCACUAUACAUACAGAUUGCGGAACCAUCCGUAACGCCUCCGCUGUGUUGCGAAAAUCGACCAAAUGCCGGCCAAUUUAUGGCAGUCAGCCGAUUAAGCUUGCUGCGCUUGACCUUGUCGCAAAGCAAGCAAUGCGCGUACGUCUGUUACGUAUUGCAGGCCUUCCAGAAGGGGAACGAGAUGUAACAGAUCGUUGUCUGUCGGGUCGCUGAUCCAGC